GAUGGAUGGAUGCUGGAUGGCGGCGGGAAACGCCUGCUGAUUGAUGCACGCACGCGCGACGCGUUCCGGACGCGUCACGUCACGUCACGUCGCGCGGCGAUCACGCAUCACAUCAACACCACCACCAUAUGAUGCUUUGCCUCAACGCUCGUCUCGGCACACUUCAACCACACCUCGAGCCCCCGCUGCCCCGCUCUCUUCCUGAGCGCCCCUCAUUGGAUGCAAUCGUGACAAACAGCGAGCGCUGACAAAACACGUUACCGCUACCGCUACCGCUACCGCCACCGCCACCGCCACCGCCACGGCUGCCGCUGCCGCGCAUUCCAUGUCGUCCUCGCACCCUUCCUCCUCAUCCCAGCCCUCGGGACCCGGCCCAUCAGGCUCACCGGUGCGCACACGAACCUCUCCGCGCAAAUCUCAUCCCCUCUCCGCCACUUCUCCUCGAGCAGCAGCAGCAUCCACACCCACUCGCGCUGCGGGCGGCGGGGCGGCGGCGGCGGCGGCGCGCGAUGAUGAUACCGACGACGCUACGCUCGGUGCUGCGGCUGCUGGUCGAGCAUCUGCGAGCUCCGCUGCUCGUCGAGCGCCGCGCGUUCAAGGAUCCACCUCCACCUCCACCGCACCUGGCGCAACGCAAUCGCAAUCGCAAUCGCAGUCGCAGAGAGAGGCAAAAGAGAGAGCAGAGAGAGCGAUGCUGGAGAGGCAGGUGACGCAAUUGGAAUCGGAAGUGUCGAGAUUGCGAUCAGACGUGCAGAGGGAGAGGAGCAGCAGGAGAAGGAGGUGGAAGAGGGCGAGGUAUGAUGAGGUGGUGGCGCUGGGGGAGGAGGGAUCGGCGGUAAAGGAUGCAGAGGAAGCGUUUAGCCAGUCAGCCGAGCGACUCUCCGCUCAUCAAGCCGACGUCGACAUCGAACAGCUGUUGGCACAAGCGGACGACGCUGCAAUGUGAGUCUCGUUGGCGAGGGAGGGCGUGAAUUGCACGCCUUGCCAUGGCUCACCCGCACACAUCGCCCCCAUCUCCUUGCUGCCGCCCCAGCACGUCCAUCUUGACCAGCUCGCCUCUCGCGCUUCUGAGCCUCUUGGGUCCCUCUGCCAAACCGCACGCGCAUGCGAUAGGGCUGGCGAGCAGCAGCGCAUCGUACAGCAUUCUCGGUCCGCCUGUCCAAGCCGGAGGUGUGCCGCUAAGCGAUGCAGGCGAUGAUGUCCAAACGAGAUUGGAAAAGACCAAAGAAGCGCUCAAAGCGCAAAGCGACUUUGCUCGCAUCGCACUGAUCAGCGUGCAGACUGCAGAC